AUGGCCAGUUCAACUGUCAAAGAUGAGUUAUGGUUCUUUGUCAAUCAAAAUCUUUUGUGUGCAAUUAUGUUCAAGUUGUUAAGAGAGGAAGUGUCAUUGUGUAUAAUUAACCAGGAGACAUGUAACCAGGAGAGAAUUUACCAGGAGAUAUGUAACCAGGAGAUAGGUAACCAGGAGAUAUGUAACCAGGAGAGAAUUAACCAGGAGAUAGGUAACCAGGAGAGAAUUAACCAGGAGAUAGGUAACCAGGAGAUAUGUAACCAGGAGAUAGGUAACCAGGAGAUAGGUAACCAGGAGAUAAUUAACCAGGAGAUAUGUAACCAGGAGAGAAUUAACCAGGAGAUAGGUAACCAGGAGAUAUGUAACCAGGAGAUAUGUAACCAGGAGAGAAUUAACCAGGAGAUAUGUAACCAGGAGAUAUGUAACCAGGAGAGAAUUUACCAGGAGAUAUGUAACCAGGAGAUAGGUAACCAGGAGAUAGGUAACCAGGAGAUAUGUAACCAGGAGAGAAUUUACCAGGAGAUAUGUAACCAGGAGAUAGGUAACCAGGAGAUAUGUAACCAGGAGAUAUGUAACCAGGAGAGAAUUAACCAGGAGAUAUGUAACCAGGAGAGAAUUAACCAGGAGAUAUGUAACCAGGAGAUAUGUAACCAGGAGAGAAUUAACCAGGAGAUAUGUAACCAGGAGAUAUGUAACCAGGAGAGAAUUAACCAGGAGAUAGGUAGCCAGGAGAUAGGUAACCAGGAUAUAGGUAACCAGGAGAUAUGUAACCAGGAGAUAUGUAACCAGGAGAUAGGUAACCAGGAGAGAAUUAACCAGGAGAUAGGUAACCAGGAGAGAAUUAACCAGGAGAUAGGUAACCAGGAGAGAAUUAACCAGGAGAUAUGUAACAAGGAGAGAAUUAACCAGGAGAUAUGUAACCAGGAGAGAAUUAACCAGGAGAUAGGUAACCACGAGAGAAUUAACCAGGAGAUAGGUAACCAGGAGAGAAUUAACCAGGAGACAUGUAACCAGGAGAGAAUUAACCAGGAGGUAUGUAACCAGGAGAUAUGUAACCAGGAGAGAAUUAACCAGGAGAUAGGUAACCAGGAGUUAAUUAACCAGGAGAUAGGUAACCAGGAGAGAAUUAACCAGGAGAUAGGUAACCAGGUGAGGAUUAACCAGGAGAUAGGUAACCAGGAGAGAAUUAACCAGGAGAUAUGUAAUCAGGAUGCUCGACAACUGAGUACAUGUAAUUGCAACAUCAUCGUGAUUUUAUUCGGCAGCGUUAAUCGCGGAAAUGAAGAAUAG